AUGGAGAUGGCAGCACAAGCCCCCACUGCCAGCGAGUCGCUGGAGCAGCUGCUGGCUCUGUACAGAUUUACAGAGAAGGAGUCCUGUCAUCGGGCUGCCAGCCUGCCUCACUCAGUCCUACACAAGUGUCCUGUUGAGCUGUGUGUGACUCUCGAUGUCCUGCAGGGCUUUGUUCCUCAGGAGGACGGGGGGCUCUCCGUCACUUCCAACGCCUCGGACCAGCACAACCCUCCACAUGGUGAUGUGAAAGGAAUAUUUGAGGAUGAGGACUCUGAUGAAGAGUCUGAUGAUGAUUCUAUUCCCUCCAAUGAAGAACAUAAGGCAAUUAUGGUUGGCUCAAUGUAUCAGGCAAAAAUCCCUCCACUCUGUCCAAAUGCCUGUGCGGAUAGAGAGUUUAAGUGUCAAGACCAGUUGCUUUGGAGUCCUGGUAAUCUGCCCGUGAAAGAAGUGGAGGAGUUUUUGUUAAAAAUUAAAAAACAACAGAGCCAACAGGAGAUGGAUGCCUUCAGUGGCAGUCUGCGGGACAAUGAACAGGCACUGUAUGAACUAGUGAAAUGUAACUUCAAUGCAGAAGAGGCACUGAGACGAUUUCACUUUAAUGUGAAAGUUAUAAAUGAAGAGUUCUGUGGCUGGAGUGAAGAGGAGUGCAGAAACUUUGAGCACGGCUACCGCGCCUAUGGGAAAAACUUUCAUCUCAUCCAGGCCAAUAAAGUUCGCACACGUUCUGUAGGAGAGUGUGUUCAUUAUUACUACAUGUGGAAGAAGUCUGACCGCCAUGAGUAUUUUACACAGCAGUCUACUCGACUAAGUCGCAAGAAGUACAGUCUUCAGAUCAUGGAGGAUGGAGACCACGAUGGGGAGGGGGUGGACCAGGAGAGCAGGAGCAACGCGCCGGGACAAACACGAGGAGGGGAGGCGGCCACGGCGCAGAAGAACUCCUCGCUUUCUUUUAAAGCCAUGAAAUGGUCCACACAGGCCACUGAAAGCAGGCUGGGCCUGCAGAUGGUGACCUGA